GUGUGACAGGCAGGGCAGUGCCUGCUCCAGCGAAAGCAGCUGCGGGUCUAGCUGCAAGCAGUAGUGAUUUCGUAACGUAAUCAGUUAGUUCAUAUAUUCAUUCUGGGCAGAGAGGCUCUCACAAGAUCGCACACUGACCGACUGCCAUCGUUGAACUCCGUUUCGUAUCAGAUUGAAGAUGCUUCGCACAGCUGUUACAUCGAUGCGUGACGUAUUGUGCCGGCGGCUGUCAGCAAGUUCUGUGACGUCGCUUCGAAACUCCUCUACCAUCGCCGAAUUCGAAAACACCAGAACAAUGACCAUCAGAAAUGGUGAGAAGACGCGAGCCUUCUACUCCGACGCCGAGGUGGAGUCCCGAAUCGCCAAGCUGAGGUGUCAAAUGGAGCAGAGCGGGAUGGCCGCCUGCGUUCUCACGUCCCGUCACAACAUCUGCUACUAUACAGCAGGCGGGUUCAUCUACUGCGCGUUCGGCCGUCCGUACGGCCUGGUGGUGACGCCCGACAACCACUGCACCGUCUCUGCCCUCAUCGACGGCUCACAGCCCUGGCGCAGGAGCCCGCACGACAACGUCAUCUACACCGAUUGGAAGCGUGAUAAUUUCUUCUACGCUGUCAGUCAGCUGCUGAGGGAUGUUAAGGGCGAUGUUGGCAUCGAGUUUGACGACGUUACCUUGGAAAGAAAUGCGAAACUAGCCAACUGUAUGCCACAUAACAAUAAACUAGUGGAUAUUGCUGAAACAACCAUGCGCAUGCGCAUGAUAAAAUCCCAGGAGGAAAUAGACGUUAUUAAGAACAGUGCUGCCACCUGCGACGUCGGCGGGUACGCCAUCCGCGACGCGCUGCGGCCGGGCGUUCAGGAGCACGAGAUGGCGCUGGUGGGCACGGCAGCGAUGGUCCGCAAUAUCGCCCGCCUGUACCCGGACAGCGAGCUGAUGGACACCUGGGUCUGGUUCAACACAGGCGUGAACAGUGACGGCGCCCACAACCCCAACACGACCCGAGCUGUCGUCCCUGGAGACGUCAUCUCGUGUAACACCUUUGCCAUGCCCCAAGGACAUUACACAGCACUCGAGAGAACUAUGUUUCUGGGGCACUGUCCAGACGACUGCCUCGACAUCUGGCAGAAAAAUGUCAAGAUCCACGAACACGGCAUACAGCUCCUGAAGCCCGGUAAGAAGUGCAGCGAGGUGGCGCACGAGCUGAACGACCUGUGCGCCCAGCUGGGAGUGCUCCAGUACCGCUCGUUCGGCUACGGCCACAGCUUCGGUGUGCUCUGCCACUACUACGGACGGGAGGCCGGUCUGGAGCUGAGGGAGGACAUCGACACGGUGUUGGAGCCGGGCAUGGUGAUCUCGAUGGAGCCGAUGCUGAUGGUGCCCAGCGGCCAGCCGGGAGCGGGCGGCUACCGCGAGCAUAACAUUGUGGUGCUGCACCACGACGGCACCACUGAGGACAUCACAAAGUUCCCUUAUGGCCCGGAGCACAAUAUCAUUCAACAUUAAUGAGAGGUGGUGUCCAGCACUUUUAUGAGUUAGCUUUUACUAGAACGGGCAGCGGCAAUUAUUAUUCCUGAGCCGGUUUCGCUCCCCAAAACACGGAACAACAAAAAUAUUAACGCUUUCUUCUUUGUCUACAGUUCCCAUACAGUGAGGAUAGCAGUCGACACAAUUAGAGUCGACUGUGCGGCUUUCGUCUCCCAUUGGGCCUGUGGUACGGUAAAGCUGUUUGCAGAAUUGUUAGCUGGUAGGGGGGGGGGGGGGGUAAGAAAAAACUAACAGUAAAAGCCAUGAUGCGAGAUGGAUCAGGUAAUAAUUUUAAGACCUCUAACUCGCCGUGGGCCUAGUCCCUUUAAAGAGUCUGUACCUAAACACCAUGUGAUUCGAGCUGAGACCCAAUAGGUCCAAUCCCUUUACUGGCGUGAGGUCUACUGAAGAGCUCUUGAAUUAAAUGCAUUACAACUGUGAUGUAGUCUCCUCAUUCAUUCAGUAGCUCCAAUUUACCGGCAGUUCAUCUUGACGCUUCACUAAUUCGGCAAGGUGCGACAUAAGUAUGGGCUCUGCGGGAGGUACGCAUGCGACAGUGGCAAUUCCAUUGUGAUAUUGCUUUAGUCCUUGGCGUUAUGGUCCGAGACAACUCACCAAAUUCAGUUUGGGCUUUGUUGGGUCGAAAAGACACUUUUCGAACUAAGAACUCUAUUCCCGCUCAGGGACGCAAGGUUAGCAAACUCUUCGGUGGGCCCAAUCCCUUUCGUAGUUGCCUCAUUUAUAUGGUAGAUUAUGCUAAGCAGUACCUCGUGGAUCUUUGAAUUGUAUGUUUCCGCAAUGCUCCACUACAAUGGGUUCAUUUGUAGCUUUAGGCCAAUGUUUGUUGCUGCCACCUCCCUUUGCACGUUAUCUAUCCUUCUUGUUAAGCUUUUUAUAUGCAGUGCUGAUUAUAUCUAUGUUUAGGUAGCGUGAGUUGUUUGGUUUGUGGAUUACCUGGUUGAUUUGUGUAAGCAUUGGUGUACUGAUCAUGACUCUAAUGUUUGAGCAUUUGGAAUGUGGAAAAUGAAGAUAUUGAUCACUUUUCUUGGAGAGACGGUGGUUGUGCUUCUCUCUGUUGAACGUGUGCAAAGGGCGGCA